AUGACUGCUCAUACGGUGUUGCUAGCUACUACAAAGCCCUUUGCGAAGGAUGCGGUGGCCGCUAUCAAGACCAUCUGUGAAGAGCAUGGACUUGUGUUUGACAAGCUAGAAGGGUACAAGGACCGAGCUGAGCUGUACGCGGCUGUGGCCUCAGCAGAGGCCUGCAUUGUUCGCAGUGAUGUUUGCGACGAAGAAUUUUUCUCACACGCCAAAAAAUUGAAAGUUUUGGUGCGGGCUGGAGCCGGUGUGGAUGCAAUAGACUUAGCCGCGGCAACUCGUCACGGAGUCUGCGUGCAGAAUACUCCUGGGCAGAACUCUAACGCUGUGGCGGAGUUGGCUUUCGGAAUGCUCUUAGCACACAAGAGGAACUAUUUCGAUGGAAACUCUGGAACGGAGAUCAGAGGGAGCAGUCUUGGGCUGUAUGGAUGCGGCAAUGUGUCCAGGUUCAUGAUCCUGGCAGCUCAGGGCUUUGGAAUGGAUAUCUACGCUUAUGACCCCUUCCUCACUCCCGACCAAAUCACGGAUCUAGGUGCAGAGCCUCUUUAUGAUGUGCCCUCCAUUUUCAAGUGCGAUGUCGUUUCCUUGCAUGUGCCAUCCACACGGGAGACUAAGCACUCUAUUGAUGAGAAGCUGUUGAGAUCGAUGCCUAAGGGCGGUGUCCUUAUUAAUACUGCAAGGAAAAAUAUCGUACAGGAGGCGGACUUGUUGAAGGCGUUGGUUGAUCGUCCCGACCUCAGCUAUCUGGCAGAUGAUAAGCCCGAUAAUACUGAGGAGAUCAAAGAAAGCCUUGGUGAAGUUCGUGUGAAGAAACAGUUCCUGGUCACUCCCAAGAAAAUGGGAGCCCAAACGGCGGAGGCUAAUAGUAAUUCUGGUAUCGCAGCCGCUAAGCAGGUUGUGGAGUUUUUCAGAGACAAUCUCGUCAAACACCAGGUUAAUGUCAAUGGCAAGCAUUUCUGA